UGCAGGCUCUGUUUUUUAUAAACCCAUUUACCAAAGAAAUAAGAAAGCAGACUAUGAACUGUUAAGAUGUACAAAGGGUACUAGAGUUCAUCUGAUGAGAGACAUGUUAAUUAAGGGGCGGAAACCUCCCCAUGAUGGAAACGCAGCUUAUUAAAACCCGCAGCAGAUUGAACCUGAAAGCAAUCUGUAGAGGGAGGCUGAGGUGGAAGGGCCGCGUGCAGAGAUGUGGUCAGUCUUUUUCCUGUUCCUGUCUUAUUUGGACGGAGAGCUCGUGAAAGGUGAUCUCCUGGGCCAGCCUUUAGAUGCGGACAAGGAGAGCAAGGUGGUCUUCCAUGCGCUCAACCACGCGCUCUGCGUAAAGACCCUCAGCGCCGGCCAGUACAGCCUCCAGCAGGUUUCUGAUGGGGUUCAGGUGGUCCAGUCCGUGCGCGACCCUGCCGGCCGGCUGAUCCGCUGCUCCGUAAGCGCGAACGAGACUCAGGUCAGUGCCUUCAUGCGCUCCUGUAGACUUGGGCUCACAGAGCAGAUCACCGGGACCAGCGGAACUACCGACACCGAGCUGAAGUUAACCGGCUUAGCCGAAGCCAAGGCGAACUGCGAGCAGCUGCAACCAAAGGAUGCAACAGUGGUGCCGGCGCAUGCGCAGAACCGGGAGGAGAGUCAGGUCCCUGGCGCUGGUGGAGCGCAGAAGCUGCGGAGAUCCAAGCGGGGCUUCACAUAUCCCGGGACUCUGUGGUGCGGCGCGGGGAACAUCGCUGAAAACUAUGAUCAGCUCGGGGAGUUUGCAGAAACUGAUAAGUGCUGCCGUACUCACGACCACUGCCCACACGUCAUCCAUGCCUUCUCCUCCAACUACGGCUAUACCAACUUUAAGUGGCAUUCACUUUCACACUGCGACUGUGACAAUGCGUUGAAGAAGUGUCUGAGGGUGGUUAAUGACACUUCAUCACGGGUGGUGGGCCAAGCUUUCUUUAAUGUGAUUGAAGUUCCCUGUUUUGAAUUCGCCUUCGAGGAGCAGUGUGUUGAGCGCCACUGGUAUGGAGUGUGUAAGAGAUAUGACCAAGUGCCGGUUGCAGUGAUCAGGGAAUCAAUACCCUAUGACUUUGGGGGAAUAGAGGUUAUUGACGUGUUGACCCUGGCUCCUCCUAAGAAGAAUCCCACAGAGCUGGAUGAAGAUGAUGAGGACAAGAAAGCAAAAGAGCAAAGCUCUGAGAGCACAACGCAGUCAAGCUUCACGGGAUCCAAAUCCAAAAGCAGUUCCCCAGAAGAGCCCUCCCUCACAAAUGUGGUCACGGCUGCUGAAGACUUCAUCAAAGUGCUCGCCACUGUGUCCACCUCCCAGAGCUCGUCUGCAGACAAUGGCAAAGGGGAGGCACAAGCCUCAGAGAAGAAGCGGAAGAAAAAUGCUGGCAAAAAGAAGAAGGAUUCCAAGAAGAGAAGAGGGAAGGGAAAAGGAAAAAAGAGAAAGCAGAAUGCAGAUAAGGUUGCAAAGGCUGAGGAGGUAGUUGUGGGCAGUCCUUCUGCUAACAGGUCAGAGGAGGUCAUCAACAAGAAUCAUUUUGUGGAAGAUCCUGGUCAUUUUGAUAGGGUGAGCAGCAGUAACAAUAAUGGUAAUGGUAAUUUCAUGGCUGGUGAGUUUGAUUCUGGGUUAGAUAAAGAGCAUUCCAACAAGAUGAUGAGGGAUGAGCAUCAGAGGAUGCCUGAGUCUGAGGAGAGUGAGGAUGAUAUGUCUGCAACACCAGAAAAUAAUAAAAAGCAAAAAGAAGAAGAAGAAGAGAUGCUUAAAACCCAAAAACAAAUCAAGAAAACAGAAUCUGUACAGGUUUCACCCACAGUUAAACCCAAAAGCUCUAGGCUAAGACAAAGAGCGGAAAGAAAAAGGCAUAGACAUCUAACUCCAACUUCCAUCCCUUUAGAAACCGCCCUGGACAAUAGAAUGGGAGAAGAUAACACUCUACUGAGUGCCACUGAAAGCACCAGCCUAGCAGGUCAGACAACCCGCAGUCCCAUCAGUCCAGCAGGGGAGGAGGCGCCACAUAGCUUAGAGUACCAAAGUGAAAAGGGAUCCGCAUUUAUUGCCACCACACAGAAUACACCCAUUGUUGCAACCAAAAGGCUGAGGUCAAGACAAAAAGGGGGGAGGAAGAGAAGCAGGAAACUCAGUACUCCUUCCCCAUCGCCAGAGAAGUUCCUCACGCUUUAGCAGCAGAAGAACCCUCAGUGCUCACAACUGACUCAACUCAGGUACCAACUGCUGACCCAUCCCUCGAACCACCACAGAGUUUGUCAGAAAGACUUCAGCACAAUAGGCUGGAGAACCUUGAAGUAAGUUUGUCUGGCGAAGCCUCAGCCAAAAACAGACACCUAAGGUUUCAAAGCACUAUGAACAUAAAGAAACCUCAAAACCCGUUACCCCCUACAGAAGACACAAGCUACAAAAUCAAGCUCACCACCAUUUCCAGAACCACGGUAUUCCCAUCAUUACCUGACACAGACUUACAAAGUUUGCCUGAGACAAAGAAUGCUGCAGCAAGCACCGGGCAGAUGUUCCCUCUUUUUUCACAAACUAGCACUCCUUUACACUCUAAGAAAAGUGAGUACAGAUUUGUACUUAAAAGGGUACAAAGCUUGUCGCUGGGGCUGUACCUUAUACUGAGGUACAAAAAAGUACCUUUCAGUGAAAGUCCUUUUUUGUACCCAUGGUUUUUGUGCCAGUAAAGAUUAUAAAGAUUAUAAACAUUAUCAUUAACUAAAUAUGGCUCAAAAACUUGAUUAUCCAAAAUUGUCUGGCUUUCAAAUAAAAAAAAUGUGCAAUUAAAAUAUAUAUUGUUUAUUAGUACAGUGAUGCAGAAUACUGAAUGUACCUUUUGGCUGGUUAAAUGGUACAAAUCUGUACUUAUUGCUGUUAGAAAUGACUUUGUACUUCAGAGGGAACAAAUCUGAUCCUGUAAAGACCAAUAUUGUACCUUUGAGGGUACAAUUAUGAAGAGUGUACCUUUAAGUACAAAAAAGUACUCCUAUCGUACCUCUGUUUUUUAGAGUGUAGUGUCGCUCCUCCAAACCAAAGCGGCCAAGAGAAAAAGAUCAAAAGAGAUGGAUGAUAAGAAAAGAAGGAAAAACAAAGACACUGAAACCUAAGUUAAGCUAAGACAUUUGUCAGUGGAAUUCAGUAUCUUAGAAUGUAGCCUGUAUCAUGAUUUAUCUUAAAAGUUGGUACAAUAAUAAAAUAAAUUUUCUUCUCCAUCAUUUUGUAAAAUCCACUGCUUGCAGAACAUUUUUAAUUGUUGCUUAAUAAAAUAUGUUCAAAACAAA